AUGGAGGAGAUACCGACCCCAUGGUGUUCUUGCAAGUCUAAGAGUGUUACAAGGUUGAGGAAUGCCUCCAAUGAUUUCAUGUGCAAGGCGUUCCCAACCUAUCUCACGGGUCAAGCACAACUCUGGUUCGGAACCUUGUCUCCGGGAAGUAUACGGAUGUUUCAUGAGCUGGGAACUUUGUUUCACACAAGGUUCUUCCAAGGAAAGAAGAUUCGUAAGACGAUUACCGAGCUAAUGUCCCUCAAGCAAGAUCAAGAAGAAUCUAUUGGGGCUUACUAUAGCUGCUUCACCAAAGAACAACUUCAAGUCGAAGGAAUAUCUGAAGAGACGAUUGUUGCAACCUUCACUAAUGAUCUUUAUCCAUAUGGGGCAUCUGCUACUUUGCGACAAAAGCUGACAAAAGAGCCACCACAAACGUUGCAACAACUCUUCUCGUUGGUCGAAACUGAAGUUCGCGCAGAAGAAGAUUUACGUCGAGCACGAGAAAGCUUAUACCCUUAUGAGAAGAGGUCGCUCGAGUACAAAGCUAACGGGUUUGGGCCGGCUAUCUUGGAAGUUAAAUCACCGACUAAACCUAAUUCGACUAGGUUUAGGAAAACAGUUCCAGGAAGAAGAAAUAUGUCACAGGAAAAGUGGAAUGAAAUCACCACAAAGUACACAGAGGCAGUUUUGGAGCGCCUUAUUUCUUCGCCAGAGUUUGAUAAACGAUUUGCUGCUCAAGCUCAAGCUGAUAAACAUUAUUUCCCAAUACGGAAGAAGCUCAAGUUGAGGUACCUGCAAUGA